AGCUUGUACUUCUCACCUGAAGUUGGAGCUACUCAACCCUCUAACAGCCGCCAUGGUUCACUGGGCAGCCGAAGAGAGAGCCGCCAUCGCCUCUGUGUUUAGCAAAGUUGAUCUGGAACGUGAUGGUGGAGACGCUUUGGUAAGGUAAGAAAAAAUGAUUGCAUGACAUUUUUUAUUUCGACCACCUUAUGACAAAUGCCAUGCGAGGAAUUGCCAUGAUAUCAUAUGAUAUGCUAACCUUUUGCACUGAAGGUUUUAAAGAAGAAACAUUUAUAUGAAAAUAUAAAUGUGGUGCAGGUUGAACUGAUUGCAAAUGAUACCUACACUGCGUGGGCUUUUAAAGUUACGCUUAUGUUGUUUACAUUUAAUGUCUGGGGUUCCUUUAUGUUUAUCUGUAAUGGCAGAUUGUAAUAUAACCUGUUCAUUUAAAAAAAAAAAAAUUGUCUGGACAUUUAUAAAUCUGUACCAUCUAAAACCUAUCGAAGUUAAGGAUUCCCAGAAAAAGACCAAUAGUGUAGCUUUUCAAUGAUCUUUCAACUUGUGGUGGAAUCUUUUUUUUAUUACAUACAUCACUGUCUUUGUUAAACACCCUUGUGAUACAAAUGUAUUCUACAACACUAAGUCAAAUCAUUCCCUCAGGAAGUUUUAAUGUAUUUAUAUAACUUUGUUUUCUUAUUUUUCACUAGGCUGCUUGUGGUCCAUCCCCACACCCAGAAGUUUUUCAAUUCCUUCGGAGACCUGUCCGACCCAUCCUCAAAUGCCAAGGUACAGGCCCACGGCAAGGAGGUACUGGGAACUCUUAACAACGCAUCCCACCACUUGGAUGACAUGAAGGGCACCUUACACCAACUCAGUGAUGACCAUACCAACAUACUGAAUAUGGAUCCAGAGAUCUUCAAGGUACGUAUUUAUUUUAUUAGAUUACUCUUGUUAUGUUUUCCUUUCAAUACUACGAAAAUCUCAGAUAAGGAGAAGCCCUGGCUAGUAAAGAUAACAGUGUCAGAAACACACUUGUUUGUUCCAACAAAUGUUUGAAAGUUUUUAACAAUGCAUGCUUUAAUUAUUGGAGUUAUUUUUGAAAAUGAUUCAUCUAUAUUUAACAAUGGUUAAAUAAAACAAAGUACUGUUUUAUGAUGGUAGAAAUUAUGUUGGAGAGGUUUCAUGGAUUUUCUGGCGCACUUUUCUUAAAGGACCACUAUAGUGCCAGGAAGAGGUUAAAUUUACCUCUUUUUCCAGCGCCGGGCAGGGGACUCUCCUCCUCUCCUCCUCGGCAAGAGCCGCAUGCACAUUCAGCCAGUCCAUAGGAAAGCAUUCUUAAUGCUUUCCUAUGGACGCUGGCGUCUUCUCACUGUGAAAAUCACAGUGAGAAGCGCGGAAGCGCCUCUAGCGGCUGUCAAUGAGACAGCCACUAGAGGCUGGAUUAACCCUAUUUUUUUUGAAACUGCUAUGUUUAUAGAAGAAAGGGUUAAUCCUAGCUGGACCUGGCACCCAGACCACUUCAUUAAGCUGAAGUGGUCUGGGUGCUUAUAGUGGUCCUUUAAAAAUGAUUGCAGCCUUUGGCACUCUAUCUGUUAUGGACUGAUCUUCUCAUUAAGCUCAGCCAGCAUGGCCUGCCAGUCACAGCAGCUUGAAUGCCAAGAUUGAGUUACUUUUGCCAUGGAUGAAGGACUUUAAUCAUAAGUGAAAUCCGUAAAAAAAUAUUUUAAACAGUCGUGUUUCCUCUCUCUUAUCGAAAACUAAUAUACUGAAACAACGCUUGAUUAGCAAGAUACUGUGUUAAUUUAAUAUGUAUCUGUGUUUAAAUUGGGGGUAUUUAUUCUAAAUUGCAUAUAUAAUAAAUAUGUUUGUCACUUUUUCAAGUUAAAUAAAACCUAAUAUAAAGACAACAAGAUUAGUUCACAUAUCUAAAUUCCAUAUGGAAAUUCUAAUAAUUCAAGAUUUAAUGACAUUCGGUGAACCUAAUCUAAUGUAUGAUACUUUCUCUAUUUGUGGAUAAAUAGGACAAAGAUUGCCAGAAGAAUGUAGCAUUCGUUUUUUGCAGGAGGGAACGCAAGUGGUUGCUUACAGCAUGGAUGCCAAAGGAAUAGCUGAUAUUAACUUAUUUUAUUUCUGCAGCGUGUUAAUGCUACAUACAGUUGGUAGUAAAUGAACUCUAGAUCUGUUUUUCCUAACCCAGUCCACAAGGCACACACAAUAUAGGUUUUAUAGUCCAAUAGGAAAAGAAUUGGAAAUGUCAAAAUCAUAAACUGUUGAUGCACCUGGUUUGGGUACCUGUGCUUUACACCUUCAGACCUGCUAUUAUUUGAUUGUCUGGUUUUGAAUAUAUGAAUAAUCUGUAUCACUUCAAAGAAAUAUUAUUGGCUUGUUUACUUCUAUUUGCAGCGUUUCACUAAAAUGUUGGUGAUUGUCAUGGCUACUAAAGUAGGACCUGCUUUCACUCCUCCAGUCCAUGUCGCAUUAGAUAAAUUCUUGGACUCCGUUGCGGAUAUCCUCAUCCAACGCUACCCCUAAAUGAUUUGUACAAGCACCUAAAACUGCAUGUCAAGAAUGAAACAAGUCAAAUAAAAUU